AUGAUAGCUCGAAUGACAAAGAAUGUAUUUGCAGCGAUGAGGAUGCUAGCCAACAAUCACCCUGUGGCUGUACUGGUGACGCGUGGCUGGAGAUAUCGGCAUCAAUCAUCGCACACGCACAGGGCAAGCGCGCCAAGACAUUUCCAAACUCUCCGCUCGCCAUUUCGAUCUCACUUCGCUUCCCUUUUCUUCUUCUUCCCUUCAACUCAUUUUGACGGUCUGUUUAUUGUGCUCGCGAACACGGGCGCCGUAGCUGGAAAGACCGAGGGUGCACACAAAGCACUCGAUGAAAUUUCUCUCCUUACCGACGGCUGCUACAUCUCUUCAUCGACAUGUGACCUGAACAAGUCUAUGACUUGCUCCACGGAAAUUGGCUCAUAUUCUCGGCGCGCUUGCUUGAUCACCGUCGAUGUCGGCAUGCCGUGCUUCAUUGCAAAGCCGCCUGCCCGAGUGCAAGGCAAAGAGUCCAGGAAAGCCCUGCUUGCGCGGUUCCCUUAUACACUCGUCGGGCGACCACUUCUCAUCUCAUUCCUAGUAUCAUCCAUUGGAACACACAGCAGAACAGAUAUUGCCUCGAGCCCGCGCGCUGAACAAGCGUACACCAUGCACUUACCGCUGAUCAGACUGCCAAUUCAGAAUCAAACAGGAUUGCAGAUUGGACAACAUGCGUUCGACUGCGAUUUACCGGCGCUGCCAAGGGAUCUCCCACCAGACCAUUCGUACUACUCGGCCUUGCAAAGCGCACGCACAUCUUCACCGCCAACACAAUGUCCACAGGCCUGGAGAUUACCUCUUGGCCCCGGAGCGUCAACGCCUCAGCUACAGCUCAGAUAUCAAGCCAAUCACAAAGAAAAGUUCACGGCAGAGCAAUUUCACAGCAACUCUAGGCACUGGUCUGGUCAUCAAUGCCGUAAUUCUGAUGCUUGCUCAUGA